AUGUUGGCCAUUAAUGGAGCAAAUUUGAAUAUUCAUGACAAGAUUUUCUGUUGCACGAGUACUGCUGGAUUUCAUGUGGAUGUAGAAUAUAAGGUGUAUUGUGGAAACAGCAUACUUCAUUUAGCUUGUCGAGAAGGUGAUUUGGAAAAAGUUCAAUUCAUUGUUGAAGAUUUGAAACAUAAUAUUUUCAGAAGAAAUACCAAACAAGAAUCGUGUUUGUUUAGAGCAGUAAGACACCCUCAUGUGACUAAAUAUUUAUUAGAAUAUUGUAAUAAUCAUAUUGGACAUGAAAAACUUCUGAAAUUACUUUUCAUGAAAAAUGAUAAGGGACAAACAGUGAUUCAUCAUAUAUGUUCAAAAGGAUACCUAGAAAGUCUGAUACACAUUAUUUCAAUAUUGUCUCACGACGUAGAAAAAAUUGAACAAUUAUUUAACGAGAAGGAUUCAGCUUAUGGAUUAACUCCUUUACACAUUUCAGUACUUUCAGAACAAGAAGGUACAUUUGAAUUUCUCAUUCGAUCUAAAGAAGUUCAAUUAGAUAUACAAAAUAAGAUUGGUGACACAGCACUUCAUAUUGCAGUUCGCAAUGAAAAUCUGCCCAUGAUCAAAGAGCUCUAUCACUUGUACAGUUCAAAAAGUCUUCAACUCAAAAAUGCUCAGAAAAAGACCAUUGAAAAACUGGCAAAAGAGAGAAAUAUUGACUUGAAGAAGAUGGAAAAAGAGCUUGAGCAAGAUAAUGCAGGCAUUCAAAAGGAAAGCUUUUGGAGCUCAUUGUUUGGAAAGAAAAAAAAAGAGAAGAGUCAUAGAAACACUAUGAGUUUUAGCUCACAAUCAGCAACAGAGCUUCAAUCAAGAAUGUCCACCGUUUCUAGGAGAAAUUCUCUGUUAGUUGCGGUCUCUUGGGAUCCUCAAAAGUACGCUGUUGGCUACGAACAAAUUGAUUCCCAGCAUAUGCAACUAAUUGAAUGGUUAAAGAAUUUGAGUGAAGCUUCUCUCACAAAACAAUCACAUUGGGUUGUUGGUUACACUAUUGGUUGUUUAUUGGAGUAUACAGAAUUUCACUUUGAGGAUGAAGAAUUGUUAAUGAUGAAGUAUAGAAAAGGAAUUGGUGAGGACUAUGUUAAAAAGCAUCUAGAAGAGCAUGAGACUUUCACUACGAAAAUUCGAAACAUGCAACGUGAAUAUGUGAAAAAUCACAGUACAAGUUUGGAUAUUGAACUGCUGAACUACUUAAUUGGUUGGCUCGUCAAACAUAUCAAUUUUACAGACAGGAAACUUGCUGACUUUGUAAACAACCAUCCUCCAGAUGAAGAGAAAUAG